AUGCACUGGGGGGUUGGCUUUGCCUCGUCCAGGCCGUGCGUGGUGGAUCUGAGCUGGAACCAGAGCGUCUCCUUCUUCGGCUGGUGGGCCGGGUCCGAGGAGCCCUUCUCCUUUUAUGGGGACAUCAUCGCUUUCCCUUUGCAGGAUUACGGUGGGAUCAUGGCAGGGCUGGGCUCCGAUCCCUGGUGGAAGAAAACCCUUUACUUGACCGGGGGAGCUUUGCUGGCCGCAGCUGCGUAUCUGCUCCACGAACUCCUGGUCAUUAGGAAACAGCAAGAGAUUGACUCCAAAGAUGCUAUUAUUUUGCAUCAGUUUGCAAGACCUAACAAUGGUGUCCCCAGUUUAUCUCCUUUCUGUUUGAAAAUGGAAACUUAUUUAAGGAUGGCUGACUUACCCUAUCAGAACUAUUUUGGUGGAAAGCUCUCUGCUCAAGGGAAAAUGCCUUGGAUUGAAUAUAAUCAUGAAAAAGUUUCUGGGACAGAAUUCAUAAUUGACUUUCUGGAAGAGAAACUUGGAGUGAAUUUAAACAAAAACCUUGGUCCUCAUGAAAGAGCCAUCUCCAGGGCAGUGACUAAGAUGGUGGAGGAGCAUUUCUAUUGGACCUUAGCUUAUUGCCAGUGGGUGGACAAUCUCAAUGAGACCCGGAAGAUGCUGUCUCUUAGUGGUGGCGGUCCCUUCAGUAACCUGCUCGGGUGGGUCGUGUGCCACAUAACGAAAGGAAUCGUGAGACGCGAGAUGCAUGGCCACGGCAUUGGCCGCUUCUCAGAGGAAGAGAUUUACAUGCUGAUGGAGAAGGACAUGCGGUCCUUAGCAGGGCUUCUGGGUGAUAAGAAGUACAUCAUGGGGCCCAAGCUUUCCACUCUAGACGCCACCGUCUUUGGGCACUUGGCACAGGCAAUGUGGACCUUACCCGGGACGAGACCUGAGCGGCUGAUAAAAGGUGAGCUGAUCAAUCUUGCCAUGUACUGUGAGAGGAUAAGGAGGAAAUUCUGGCCUGAGUGGCACCAUGAUGAUGACAACACCAUCUAUGAGUCCGAGGAGAGCUGCGAAGGCAGCAAAACACAUACGCCCCUGCUGGAUUUCAGCUCUUAUUCAAGGACAGAGACCUUUGAAGAUGAGGGAGCAGAGAACAGUUUUUCCAGAACCCCAGACACGGAUUUCACUGGGCACUCGCUCUUUGAUUCUGAUGUGGACUUGGAUGACUACACAGACCAUGAACAGUGCAAGUGACAUUCAGCCCUGCUGACCCUCCUCUGUUGGAGCUGCCAUUCCCUGGGGUCAGUCCAGUUUCCCAGGUAGAAAUCCAUCCGAGCUGAGAGGAGAUCUUCGUGCUUGACACAGUUCUCACAAGCUAACUGGACUAGAGCAGCCUUAUUUCUUUUUUGUACAGACAAGACACGGAACCAUUCCGAUGGCUCCAUUUAAAACGAACAGGCAGAAGAAAAAGUCAGCAUGGUUCCUGAAACCCACUUUUGUUUUCAUUAGAAAACUAAGAUGGUGUGGUAGAGCAGGUUGCAAGAGCAGGUUGUCCACAGAUGGUGUGUACAUCGAUCCCCUGCAACCCGAGGGCUUAGGUGCAAGAUGGAUUCUUGAACAUCCUUCAUCCAGCAGGGUUCAAAGUCAGGAGAGAUGUCAUCAGAAGGAAUGUAGGAGAUAAAUGUUCUAUGGUGGCUGCUUGUUAUUUCCUGUGUGUAUGUUGUAUGUUGAGGUAUAAGUCAAAUAAAAUCCAUAGAUAUU